AUGGAACACCCCAUCAUGGCCACGCCGUGCACCGGCCGCACCCGCGUCAUCGCUCACCUCCAAUUCUUCCCACGGGACCACCUUGAAGUGUCAAACCAGCACUCCACAGUUGCGUCAACAAACCCGUCCUUCAAAAUUAAACACUCCAGCUUUGAAGUGUCCUCUCAAGACCAGCCCACAUUGGGCGCAAUCACAACAUCGUCGGUACUGACACGACGCAAGAAAUUUCCGUUCCAAAUUCGUCAUUGGGUCAUCCGCCAGCCGUGCACGGUCAAGACCGCGAUUCUCCAUCCGGCUGCUUUGACCAUCAAAGUUGCUCAACGUCCAUCGACAAUUAACCGCCCAAAAACUGCAAAUCUGCGUCUGAAUGUGUCGCCUCACCGUCCCACGGCUGCCCUCACUCGUAUGUCAGCCUUGACAGGCAAAACCUCGUACGGAUUGCGCACAUGCACCACCAAAUUGGGGGCUUUCUACUCUUCCAGAACACCUGAAACACUGGUCAACGCGUCCCACCAAUUCGCCCUCCGCGGAAACCAAUCAUUGGGCUCACUCAUCACUAGUGCCCGUGCUAGUGGACGUACUACUACUACAACAAACGCCAACAACGACCCCGCAGUGGACGGCCCACCACCACCCCCUGUUACCCAGCACGACUACCAUUACUCGACGCCCACCGUUAAAGAAACGAUGGAGUUUGUCCACCAAGCGUGCGGGGCAGAGCCGUACCCGAGAGCGGAAAUGUCGACGCGCUUGGCUCUGGACGAAGCGUACCCAGACGCGGUGGUGCAUCAACUGGGUCUGAGCAUCAACAAAGACACGACCAUGGGCAACGCCAUACUGCACGGCGUGUCGGGUGGCGAGCGCAAGCGCGUGACGAUCGGCGAAAUGGAGUUUGACAUGAGGCAAGUAUCGCUCAUGGAAGGAUCUCGACGGGGUUGGCCAGCGCCGCUAUAUUCGGCAUCAUCAAGAGCCAGGAAAACGAUCGUUAUUGCGCUGCUGCAGCCAUCCCUCGAAGUUUUUGACCUGUUUGACGACGUCUUAGUGAUGAGCCAACUCCACUUGAUGUACCAUGGCCCGAGCAACCAAGUGCUGGCGUACUUGGAAUCGCUCAGGUUUGUCUACCCGAAAGGCAAUGUGGCCGAUAUUUAG